AAGCACAAGGGCAAUUUCGUAAUCGAGCAAAUAUUUCACUUGUUUUAGCCGGGGAGAGACGAGACGACAACGCUAACGACUUAUCUCAUUAGUCAAUAGUAAUCGAAUGCGAAGCGCGGUGAGUCUCACUCCUCAGACGACUCUUUCCUCCAUUGCACGAAUGGCCAGAAGUCUAGGAGGAUUUCUGGUGCUGCUCGUGGCAGCAUUGAUCUGCUUAGCUUUCGUUGUCUCUGCUGCUUCGAUCUUUCAACCAAUUUCUGACUCCCACCGAUCUGCCGCUUUGGAGCUUUUCACGCCUCUUGAUGGGUCCUUUAGAAGUUUAGAAGAAACAUUUGAGGCCCUUCGGACAUUUGAGGUUCUUGGACUUGAUAAAAAGCCGGACAUAAGUUUACCAUCUUGCCGUUCUGUAAUGGAAACCCUUGGGUCGUCAUCUUCAGUAUCAAAGGAUUUGUUUUAUGCUUUAAAAGUGAAUGGAAUAUUAAAAUGUGAGAUAAGUGAGGAAGUUUUUGAGGGCGUUGUUUCAAAAAUUCAAGCUGCUGUCAGCAGUGCUAGUUUGUUGCUUGACUUCUACCAUUCAAUAGGAAGUUUGGUACUUAUCAAGGAUCAGACAUUUAAAGAUGAUCUACAUCUUGGUGACACUGAAGGAAUUUUUCACUCCAUCAAGGCUUUGAGCCAGAGUGAUGGAAGAUGGCGCUAUAGUUCUAAUAAACCUGAGUCUAGUACCUUUGCUGCAGGUUUAGCACUUGAAGCUCUUGCUGGGGUGGUCUUGUUAUCAUCUUCUGAGAUUGAUCAAUCGCUGAUUGCUACAACUAAAAAUGAUAUACUGAAGUUGUUUGACAGCAUUGAGAAGUAUGAUGAUGGGGCUUUGUACUUUGAUGAGAAACUGGUUGAUGCGCAUGAACAUCAGGGUCCUCUUUCAACUACAUCUUCUGUUGUUAGAGGAUUGACUGCAUUUGCAGCUGUGUCUUCAGGAAACUUGAAUCUUCCAGGUGACAAAAUUGUGGGUUUGGCUAAGUUUUUCCUGGGCAUUGGUAUUCCUGGCGAUGCUAAAGAUCUAUUCAAUCAAAUGGACUCCUUGGCUUGCCUGGAGAGCAAUAGGGUUUCCAUCCCUCUGAUUCUAUCACUUCCAGCAACUGUGCUUUCACUGACUAAGAAGGACAUGCUUAAGGUUAAGGUGAAUACUGUACUUGGUUCAAAUGCACCUCCUCUGACUCUAAAACUUGUACGAGUUCUCAGUUCUGAUUCAAAGGAUACUUCCAUAUUUGAGAACCAGGAACUCAAGUUUGAUCCUGAAAGUGAGGAGUAUUUAUUGGAUGCUUUGCCAAAGAGUGUUGAUGUUGGAAAUUAUAUUUUUGUUUUUGAGGCGGUGCUUCAUGAUCCUGAGCAUAAAAAAAUUUAUACCAUGGGAAGUCAAACUCAAGUUCCAAUUUUUUUAACGGGAGUUAUCAAAGUUGAUAAUGCUGAAAUUGAAGUGCUUGACAGUGACUUGGGGAUUGUAGAAACCAAAAAUAAGCUAGAUUUAGCUGGAGAAAAUCUUGUCUCAUUGUCCGCAAACCACCUCCAGAAGCUGCACCUGGCUUUUCAAUUGACCACUCUUCUUGGCCAUGCUUUUGAGCCACACCAGGCAAUUCUUAAGUUGAGACAUGAGACUGGUGUUGAGCAUAUCUUUUUGGUUGGGAACUCUGGAAAGAAGUUUGAGAUAGUUCUAGAUUUUCUUGGACUGGUUGAGAAAUUUUUCUAUCUAUCCGGUAAAUACGACAUUCAGCUUACUGUUGGUGAUGCUGUAAUGGAGAACUCUUUCCUAAGUGCCCUUGGUAGUAUUGAGCUGGACCUACCAGAACCACCUGAGAAGGCACCUCGUCCACCCACACAGCCUGUUGAACCUUACUCAAGAUAUGGUCCAAGAGCAGAGAUAAGCCACAUCUUUAGGGCACCAGAUAAGCGUCCACCUAAGGAGCUAUCUCUGACUUUCUUGGGUUUUACACUCUUGCCAUUCAUUGGAUUCUUAGUUGGGCUAUUACGUCUAGGGGUGAACCUGAAGAAUUUUCCUUCUUCAUCUGUGCCUGCCAUAUUUGCCAUCCUCUUCCAUUUAGGAAUUGCAGCAGUUCUGUUGCUCUAUGUGCUUUUCUGGCUGAAGUUGGAUCUUUUCACAACAUUGAAAGCGCUUGGUUUCUUGGGAGCUUUCCUGAUGUUCGUUGGACACAGAACCCUUUCCUGCCUGGCCUCAACAUCAGCCAAGUUGAAAUCUGCUUGAAGAUAAUGAAAGCGUUAAGCGUUACUAUUUAAAAAGUGACCUAGGAACUACGAGGAAAUUUCCAAGUGAAAUACAUUUUUUACUCGAUUUUGUAGGCUGCAUUGGGUGAGCUAUGCACUCUGUUCAGAUUUUUAGUGCACAUCCUACUGAAAAGGACGGGGGGUUGGGAAUCUUCUGUCGACUUUCUCGUCUUUUGGAUUUGUAUUGUUAAGCUGGCCACCAAGGAAGGAACAUUCUAGUCUGAAAAAAAUUUACGAUAGUGUCAAACAACCAAGUAGAUUUAAGCCUUACAUUAUUUACUGGCAUUUCAAAAUUUUCA